AUGACAGAUUAUGAGUCACAUCACGAUAAUAUGACAGAUUAUGAGUCACAUCACGAUAAUAUAACAGAUUAUGAGUCACAUCACGAUAAUAUGACAGAUUAUGAGUCACAUCACGAUAAUAUGACAGAUUAUGAGUCACAUCACGAUAAUAUGACAGAUUAUGAGUCACAUCACGAUAAUAAGACAGAUUAUGAGUCACAUCACGAUAAUAUAACAGAUUAUGAGUCACAUCACGAUAAUAUGACAGAUUAUGAGUCACAUCACGAUAAUAUGACAGAUUAUGAGUCACAUCACGAUAAUAUGACAGAUUAUGAGUCACAUCACGAUAAUAUGACAGAUUAUGAGUCACAUCACGAUAAUAUGACAGAUUAUGAGUCACAUCACGAUAAUAUGACAGAUUAUGAAGGUCACAUCACGAUAAUAUGA